GGUACAUGGAUUUGUUUGUUGGCCAGUCCGCAUUUAGUCUGCGUCAUUUUAUAGGUCAGGAGAACCAACAGAGGGUUGCUAGCUUUGUUAGAGAGGCGUUUAGGACUCGAGACUACAUUCAGACCUUGUCUCAUGAGCCACCCAUGGCUCCUACGGGACUAUAAAAUAAAUUGAUUGAUUGAUUGAAAAUUGAUUGACACGUUGGAGUCGGAUGGACGCCACCGCACAAAGACUCAAAGAGGAUGCUUUUGUCAGGCGUUCUGACAGCGAGAAAAUGUCGCCGCAAGAUUCGCAGCAACGAACGGUGGACGUUGGAUGCAAGGGCCUUCCCCGUCAUGGCUCCGAGCUCCCAUUGUGGUGCAUAAUGCACCUAGUGGACGAGCUUUGAAGUUUGAAGUUUGGAGUGGAGCCAAAGUUGUUUGGAAGGAAGAAUCAUGGCGCGUCUGAUUCUGAGUGCUUGAUGCGGCCGCCCGAAACAGAAAGACUUUGAGGACUUCGCCUUGCCCUCCCAAGCUCUUAUAGGGGCUUGGUUUUAAGUUCUGACUCUCCGUGUUCCAUGAGUUCCAAAGGAACUGCAUUUGGCUGUUUAGAAGGCCGCCUCUCAAGCUGGACGGGGCACUCAGAACAAAGUCCUCUGAACAAGUUGCCCUCGGCAAUCCAAGCACACCAAAAGGUUUCUUUACGCGUGCCUCAACGCCCCGUCACAAUCUGUUCAUCUUCUCUUCCUUAAAACGGCCCUUGAUUGAGCAACUCAGCAGCAGCUAGAUUUGACAGCCAUAUGGCUGUACUCCCAGCUGCAAGCGUUACAGAACAGAAAGCCCCACCCCCUGCUGAGGUUGGGAUUGCAAUUGCAGGGGGGGGAUUGGGUGGGCUCGCUUUGGCGGUGGGCCUGUUGGAGCGGGGCUUCGAUGUGCACGUCUUUGAGGCGGCUCAGGAGCUCAGGACGGGUUCGGGAACGAUCAUAGGCAUCACAGCCAAUGCAAACACUGCUCUGGACGGUCUCAAACCCGGGUUAGAGCGGGCGGUCCGGGAGGAGGGGAGCGUCUCAAAGGAAUGGCUCUCCUACCGGUUGCAAGACGGAAAAGAGGUGGAGAAGAAGAACAUCAAGAUGGGGAUUACAGUCAUCCGCUGGCAAAGCGUCCAGAACGUGCUGGCGAAACUGGUGCCCCCUGAGCGUGUGCACUGCGGCCACAGGCUGAGUGCUUAUGAGGCCGUGCAGGACGGCGUUGACGUCACGUUCGACCUGGUGGGUUCGUCAGGCGAGCAUCACUACACGCACCGCAACGAGCAGGCGGCGUGCGGACAGCGGACGGUCCGAGCGAAGCUUCUGGUCGGUGCGGACGGAAUCCGGUCCGCCGUCCGGCGGAUCAUGGCUGGCGACGCCCCGCGGUACGUGCACCACCUGAACUGGAACGCCGUCGUUCCGACGGAGUUCAUUCCGGGCCUCGAGAAGGACACCCUGCACCGGACGGAAGAUGACGUCACGGGGCUCAUCACCUUCAAGGCGGACGCAGGCCACGGCUGGAGUUUCUGGCAGGUCCGCGUGCGGGAUACGGACGGCCGACUCGCGGACGCCCUCGGACCGAAGUGGGGGGGCCUCGGGAAACCGGGCGCAAAACAGAGAGCGCUGGAGCAUCUCGAGGGACUGGGAAAGGCUUACAAUGCCGUCCGAUCCGCCAUCGAAUCGACGGCGGAGGCGGACAUCUUCGAGCGCCGGCUGAUGGCGAACGGACCGAUUGACACGUGGCUCGACGCGGACAGCCGAGUGGUCCUCCUUGGAGACGCCGCACACGCGAUGCACCCCGGCCCCGGGGAAGGCGCCCGGCAGGCGUUCGAGGACGCGCACCAGCUGUGCCUCGCUCUAGUUGCCCAGGGGCCGCGCGCGCUCGAGCGCGGCGCCGUGCGACGGGCGCUCCAAAGGUACGAGCUACUUCGCAAGCACCGGUGCGAAACGGUCCAGGCGAUGGCUUUGGAGGGCAGCGGCCUGCCGCCGGAGGAGACGGUUCCGCCGGAAAUCCGGGGCUUCACCCGGGAGCAGCGAGUCGACCGGUUUAUGGAGUUUGCGAGCUGGUUGAGAACCUACCCGAACAACCCGGUCGGCGAUCCGAACAGCCGGUUCUUCAAGCCGCCGGCGGGUUUGCAGAGACUGGUUGAGGAGUUGGGUUAGAUACCGGGUUAAGGACAUGGGUGUGACGAGACACCGAGUUGGGGAACUGGAUUGAAACGUGACUCUGAAAUCAUAAAUGUGGGUUUGCAAAUUGGGUUAACGAAAGAAGCUAGUUUGAGGAGACUGGACAAGGCACCGGGCGGCCAAGCGAGCGCAUAAGCGCUCGUUGCGAAGUUGAGAUUUGGAGAACUAGAUUAGGAGAUUUUAGUUGCAAAGGUUCGAUAAGGUUUCGUUUCGGUGUACAUGCUGUGUGGAGCGCUGAGUCUGCUAGACUUGUUGGUUAGACGUUUGGGCUGCCAGAGUCCGAAGAAAAAUGAUAAUAAGAAGCUGGACUGCUGUAAAAUCAAAGUGUCUGUGAAUCGAUACACGGGUAGCUUCGUAGGCCCGUCAGAGUUAAGGCCCCUUUCUGAUGUGAGGUUUUGCAAGAGCAUCUGGACGCAAUGCUUUAUAGCAUAGGUAUAAGCAAAAGCGAAAUAGCAUUAACGGACCAAGCAUAAGCUGUUGAGCAUAGUGAGAUUGCAUCUUGAUAGUCUUUCGGAUUGGGUGUUUGCGAAGUUUGCCGUCAAAUCGAGGAACAGGGUCUACAAUUCAGGUCAUGAGCUGAGUUCCAGUACGAGUAACCGGAUCUUUCAGACGCCUUUGUGAGUGGCAGAUUAGGCUUCGACGUCAAGUAGCCUCGUGGAAGCUACGCGAACUGACCAUUCAAGCCAACCAGGCUAUACUAGCUUACGCUUUUACCGUCCUUCCGCUAGCUCUGUUCAUGCCAUCAAAUUUAGUACGCUUUCAUCCAGCUUCUAUAAGGAGGUUAAGUGGUUGCCAGCAAGUCAAC